ACUAAGCCCCUAUUGGAGUGGAUCCCUUUCAGACUGCGAAUCAACACAUUUGCAAAAAAGGAGGGGCUGAGAAGAUCAGGAUUUAAAGGCGGGAAUCUGAAAAGCACUCUGAAGAGAAGGUGGGGGGAGGAAAGCAGAGAUAUCUGCCUUCAGCUCUUCGGAAACAGAGCCCAGUUAAGUCAGACGUGAGCCUUGCCUUUCAGAGUGUAGAUACAUUCCAGAGACAGAAGGAUCUUGUCCUCUGGACAGAUUGGUGCCUAAGGCUAAAGGAGUCCAAAUAGGAAGGAAGUUCUGCCUGGAGGAAGGAGCCGAAGCAGAGACGUCUUCUCCUUUGGGAAUUGGGAGCCAACUCCAGAAAUCAGUGAGCAAAGAGGAAGCUCCUAGUGAGGGAGAACGUGGGUGUCGGACUGAGACUAAGCUAACUUAGUCCCGGUUUUCGUCCCAUGGCCCAAUCUGAGCUUCCACGUCGAGUGGCCACUGUCGUGACGGGACUACUGGAAUGCGUUGCCUUCUCUGGGCUGAUCUUUGGCUGGACCUCGCUGGUGUUCGUUCUCAAAAGGGAUCACUACUUUGAGGAUUUCUGUGAGCUGCCCGUCAAUCUGACAAACAAUGCCACUGAGUUUACAGAAUGCAGCGCUCAGGAUUCAAAAUUGUCCCUUAUCUUUACCCUGGCUUCUUUCUCCAACAACUUCAUGACAUUCGGGACCGGCUACAUCUUUGACCGCCUUGGAACCACCGUGGCUCGUCUCAUUGCUAUAACUCUCUAUGCUGGAGCCACACUUCUUGUAGCUAUCUCUUCUCCAGGUACGGGAUUGUUGCUCUUUGCAGCUUUCCCAAUGCUUGCUGUUGGAGGCCUUUUGUUUCUGCUUACCAAUUUGCAGGUGGGGAACCUAUUUGGCAAACACCGAUCCACCAUAAUCACCCUGUACAAUGGAGCAUUUGACUCUUCCUCGGCCAUCUUUCUCAUCAUUAAGCUUCUCUAUGAGCGGGGCCUGAAACUCCAAGUCUCCUUCUUCAUCCUCUGUGCUUUUAGCAUUUGGCACCUCAUCCGUACUUUCUUCCUCAUGCCCAAGGGGCACAUUCCCUUUCCACUGCCAUCAAACUACACUUACGGCCUUAGUUGUUCAAGGAGACCUGAGGGAUUCCAAGGAACAAAAGAUGAAGAAGUCAGCAAGGAAGAUUUAGAACUGAAGCAGCAAGCUAAUGCCCCCUCCCAGAAAGCCAAGACUGACCAGAGUGGUUCUCCCUCUUUCCGGAGCUGUGUGCUAUCCUGGCGAUUCUUUUGGCACUUGAUCUGGCUCUCUGUGAUGCAGCUGUGGCACUACCUCUUCAUCGGAACCCUCAACCCCAUGCUGAACCUACUGGCCCAAAGGGACCAGAAUCUAGUCAGCUCCUAUACAAAUGCCUUUGCCAUCACUCAGCUUUUUGGGGUGUUCUGUGCCCCCUGGAAUGGAUUUUUCUUGGACCGCCUUAAGAAAAAAUACCAGCAAGAGGCAAGUAAAAAAGGUUUUCCAGAGUCUAUGGCAGACCUUCACUCUACUUUCCCAUCUUUGACUGUAACAUCCCUGUUGUGCCUCGGCUUCGCCAUCUGUGCCUCCAUUCCCAUACUUCACCUUCAGUAUUUAACCUUCAUCCUACAAGUUAUCAGUCGAUCUUUCCUGUAUGGAGGGAAUGCUGCCUUCAUCACUCUGGCCUUUCCUGCUGAGCACUUUGGGAAGAUUUUUGGGACAGUGAUGAUGUUGUCAGGAGUGAUCUCAUUACUGCAGUUCCCCAUCUUCAUACUCAUCAAAGGGCCCUUGGAGGGCAAUCCUCUCUAUGUAAAUAUCGCGCUGAUACUGGUCACUGUCCUCUCCCUUAUCCACCCCUUCCUCGUGUCCAGAGUGUGGCGACGUCAGGAAAAACAAGUGUGAUGUCCCAUGUCUCUUUAUUCCCCUUCUUUCCCGCUCAGGACUUCAUAAUCACGCAAUCUGCUGCCUUUCUCUGCCCCCCUCGCUCUUCAUGUGUUACCGAGCCUCCUUACAACUCAGUGAAAAUGCUUAAAAAGUCAUUUUCUCUAAGCCGAGGAUUUUAUUAACCUUAGGAUAGACAAGAUCAUGAAUUAUUUUUUUAAAAAAUGUUUUUGUACAAAAAUAAAAAAGGUGUGAACACCGAUGUAUACAGACCUA